AUGAAGCUGUCUAAUCCGUCCGAGGUCCCGGUAUAUACCAUCUCGGGUUCAGACAGCGCUCGCCCGCUUCCCGAAUGGCUUGCUAGACGGCGAAAGCGCAGCUUGAAAAAUGACCCCGAGUAUGCCAAUCGAGUUGAAUUACUGCAAGACUUUGAAUUUGAGGAAGCAAGUCACUGUAUCCGAGUCAGUGAGGAUGGAGAAUGGGUUAUGAGCACAGGAACUUACAAGCCACAAAUCCACACCCACUACCUUCCGCAAUUGUCCCUUUCAUGGGCGCGUCAUACAAGUUCGCUCAACACCACGUUCAUCUUACUAUCUUCCGAUUACACCAAGUCCCUCCACCUCCAGUCUGAUCGAUCUCUCGAGUUCCACACUCCCUCAGGCUGUCACUACACCACCAGACUUCCCCGAUAUGGACGUGACAUUGUCUACGACCGCCAGUCGACUGAAGUGCUUGUUCCUGCAGUUGGUGUUAAUCGAGAUGGCAUGGGAGAGGUAUACCGAUUGAACUUGGAGUUAGGCCGAUACAUGCGGAGUUUUGAGGUUGACGUCGGAGGUGACGAUUUUACAUCCACGGGUGGAGGAACUCUCCAAGGUGGAAUCAACACAGGGUCGGUCAACACCGGUGCUAUUGCGGAGCAGAGUCACAAUUUGUUGGCCUUCGGAACUUCAUUGGGAACAGUUGAGCUAUGGGAUCCUAGGGCUAAGGGACGCGCGGGUGUACUGUCUACACCCGCACAGGUUGGACCACACGAUGAGCGAUCAGAGAUCACAGCUCUGGAAUUCAAUCGCUCCGGCAUGAGCCUUGGAACCGGCUCGUCUAAUGGUCUCAUUCACCUCUAUGAUUUGCGUUCGCCCGUUCCCUUCCAGGUCAAGGACCAAGGAUACGGAUUCCCUAUUCACACUCUCCAAUUCCUCGAGCAAUCGUCUGCAACACAAGCUGCGACAAUCGAGCCCAAAUUGCUCUCGGCCGAUAAGCGCAUCAUCAAGCUCUGGGAUAUUGAAGAUCAAAAGCCUUGGACCUCUGUUGAACCGGCUGUGGAUCUCAAGUCUGUUGCUUGGUGCAAGGACAGUGGCAUGCUCCUCACAGCCAAUGAAGGCCGACAACAGCACUCAUUCUUCAUUCCGCAGCUUGGCCCCGCGCCGAAAUGGUGCUCAUUCUUGGACAACCUGGUUGAAGAGAUGGCUGAGGAUCCCAAUGACCCCAGCGCAUUCAAGUCUGCUCAGUCUGGUUCUGUCUGGCCCGGUUUCACGCUUGUGCCUAGUGAAGAGGUCGCGAAAUGGGACGCCAAGCUCAUCAAGGCAGGCGGAGAACCCAUUGAUUUGGCAUCCUACAUGCAGUCAGGAAAGAUGGUACCUUACUCUAAGGGUUACCAAGUGUCGAACUUUGUUUAUAACUCUAUCACCGGGUUGUUCCCCGACACAGAAAACCCCAGAGCGAAGAAGGUGGCCGAAAUUAUGAACAAGGAGCGGGAGAGCCGCAUCCGCGGCAAGAAGAAGGUUGCUGUCAAGGUGAACAGGAGACUGGCCGAACGGAUGCUGAACGCGGAGGAGAAGAGGGAGCGCAAGCAUGCCAAACGCCUGUUGGAAGGCUCGGGCGACCAGGAAAUGGUCGAUGCUGCUGCAACCACUCCUUCUGCUGGCGAGGAUAAGGCUGUAUUGGGCGGUGGCCGCUUCGCCCAGCUGUUCGAGGACCAAGAUUUCGCUGUCGACGAGACUUCACGCGAGUUCCAGUUGCUGAACCCCAGUACUGUUCCCCAGGCUGCUGCCCCAUCAGCUUCGAGAAAGGAGCGUGGCUUGACGGCAGUCGAGCAAGAAGCCGUCGACGACGUGCCCGGUUCAAGCUCCGACUCCGACUCCGACAGCGAGGCGGAAAAGCCCGUGAAGGCAGCAGCUUCCAAAAAGAUCUCUUCUGCAGACUACAAGCGGACGAAGCGGCCUCCACCUCGUAUGCAGGUGUCUUCCUCGAAUCAAGCCAACUCCACCAGAGACCGCUCCUUCGGCUCCCGUGCGCAGAAUAUGAAAUCGAGACAAAAGCCUGCACGACGGGUUGGUGUAGUCGGCGAGCAAGAGAUGAGCUUCAACCCGGCCGGGAAGCCGAAGCGCGCUGCCCCAGAAGUACGCUACGACAAGACCGACACAUCCUUCCGGGCCAAAGAACGCCGCAGUGCUUCUGGCAACACUUUCCGCAAGAUGUAA